AUGCAUCCAACCUACCACCAUGCUGCUACUACGCAGUAUGCCCACCCCGCUCAGCCGCUCCAACCGGCAACUGGCUUUGCCACUGGUCAACCUGUGGUUCAGAGCCUGAGCUUUGCCCAGGCGGUUCCUGGGCAGACUCAGUUCACCUUCUACACCAACCCAGCUGCCGCACCUGCUGUAGCUGCGCCUGCAGUGCAGCCAAUGAUGCAACCGCUUGCAGGUUAUCAAAUGGCUGGGCUGCCAGGCUCAACCCCUCCAGUAAUUGCACCUGGCAUGCCUGGCAUGCCCCUUCCGCCUUCCGUGAGCUAUAGCCCGGCGUAUGCGCCCCCUGGAGGGCCAGCACCGCCAAGUCACAGCAUCGUCCAAGCGAGCCCCCAGCCCCAAGGCCAAGAAGGUCAAGGUGCCGAGUCGGAGAGCAGCUAUGAAUCGAGCUCAGAGGACGAGGAUGGUCAGGAGCAGAAGAAGGCAGAAACGGAAGGUGCCACGCCUUCUGGUGGGCCCGAUGCCCCGGAUGUGCCGGCCACAGGAGAGCCAAGCGAGGAAGCCGCCGCUGAAGAGCCAGAUGCAACGCCCACAGUCCCCUCAGUACCCUCUUCUGUUUCAUUGCCAGCUCCAACGCCUUCGCCUUCCAUGCCCCCAUCAAUGCCAGUCUCUGAGCAGAAGCCUAUUUCUGAGGACUCGGUCAACAACGUCAACUACCAGACGAUGUAUGCAGCAACACCGGGCGCCCAGGACGUUAACUUGCAGACGCGCCUGCCCAACUCCAAGGAGGCGCUCAAACUGCCUCUGGGAGCUAAGCCCGCAGAGGAGCACUUGGACAGGUUCCUGUUCGGGCAUGGCUACGCAAUCGCUCGCGAGGUGCCACCGCCAAAGGCGAGUCUUCCUGCUGGCGCGCUCGGAAAAGGCGCCUUCGGCGUUGUCUACCGUGGCUGUCGGCGGCGUGACAACGUCGAAGUGGCGCUGAAGGUCUCAGAAAAUGCAUCCUCUGCUGAGCCAAUGCUGGAGCAGGAGAUCAACAUCCUGAAGCUGUUGGAUCAUCCCAGCAUUGUCCGAUUUCUCGAAGCCUUGGUGGACAAGAGCAGCGACUCCAUGAUCAUUGCCAUGGAGUUGGUCUCCGGGGGCGACCUGCUCUCUUCGCUGACGGGCGAGCCACAGCUGUAUGAGGAGAGUUUGGUUCGGCCCAUGAUUUUCCACAUCGCCUGUGCCCUGGCACACGCGCAUGAAAUGGGAGUGGUCCAUCGCGACCUCAAGCCGGAGAACAUCCUUCUGCGGCAAGGCGACCGCUUUCCCAAGGUUGCCGACUUUGGUCUCUCUAGAUCCUUGAGGAACUCUGAAAUGGCAAUGACGGUGGCGGGAACCCCGACCUACAUGGCUCCGGAAAUCCAGGAUCCACGGUUGCCGUACGACUUCCCGGCAGAUGUGUACUCCCUGGGAUGUAUCCUCACCGACAUGAUGGACAAAUCCUUUUGCUGCAGCUGGUACGCAAAGGUGAUGCCUGGCAGCCACGAGAAGAUGCGCAAGCGGUGGCCGGAGGGUGCCACGCCUUCCAAAUUCUCCAGCUCGUUGAAGGAGUUGCAAGGCUCCAUGAUUGGCCAAGCGCCUGGCUUGAGGCCCACUUGUUACCAGGUCUGCAGCGAUCUGCUCACCUUGGCGGAUACCCAGCCUUUGCCGCACCUCUUGUGGCAGGAGAAGCCCAAGUUGCCGAAGGGUCCGCCAAGCCAGAAGAUGCUGGGUCAAGAGCUGGCCAGGGACAUCGCAGGCCGCGGCGGCUACGCGAUUGGCUGUCGGGUCCGUGUGCUGGUGGACACUCAGUGGUAUCCUGGCGAGGUCCGGCACAUCUCGACCAGCAUGUGCCCUGGAGCUGUGCAGGUCCAUUUCUCGCGAGGCAAAGGAGGUGAAGAGGCAAUACUGGUCUGCCCGUGGCAGUUUCAGCAGCUGCUUCGCCCAGAUCCUGGAGCGGUAGUCUCGAAGGAUGACCGGAUGGGCACCUUGAUCUUCCCAGAACAGGCUCCGGCAGAGAAGACAAGCCCCUCCAAGGCUUCAAGGACACCGGCGUCGAACUCUUCUCCGAAAGAGGUCCCCGUGGCAAAGAUGAAAUGCCAACCUGGCUGUCGGCAACAGUGA